AUGUACGGUAUCCGACUCCAUCCUGCUAAAGACAGAGAAGGAACCAAACUUCAGUCUGGCUGUAGCACACCGGCGGCGGCGUCCUCCGUGUUUCAGGCUCUUUGGAGGAGCCCAGAUGACCCAAAACCUAAACCGGUGCUGUUCAGCAGGGGCUCAUCCUUCAGGUUCAGGGGACGGACACAGAAGCAGGUGAUAGAUUAUGUGAAGGAAAAUGAGUUUAAAAAACUGCCCUUUAAUAGGAAACAUAGUAGGGUGCAGUAUAACAGCAGCCUGUCACCUCUGCGUCACCAAGUGCCAAAUCAAGCUGUCAAGCAGAGCUGGGAGGGUUCAUUUUUAGUAAGCUCAGAAGAUUCUCUGGUAGUAAGACCAGGUGGAAACUCCUCCCCAUCAACUCAGCGCAACGGAUCCAGCGACCAAACGUACACCAUUCAGGAGGACAGCACCAGUCGGGCAGCUAAGCAGCCACCCGUUGAUCGAGCAGAGGUGACGUGUGCUUUAGUAACAUUAGUUAACGGUCAUGCUGAUGACUGUAGAGCAGCGACGCCGUCUCCUCUCAUCUCCCCCAUGCUGAAUGACACUGGUGCCAAACGCACUGAUGAUGAGGAGGACAACAGGAGGAAGAACUGUCGCACUGAUAAAGCAUACUGCAUAGCUAAAGAGCUGCUGAACACUGAGAGGACAUACCUAAAGGACCUGGAGCUGAUCACAGUGUUGUUUCAGAAAGUGUUGGAUAAAGAGGAUUGUGUUCCUGAGGCUCUGAAGACACUGUUGACUUCCACCUAUGAGCCGCUACAUUCCCACCACACACACUUCCUCCAGGAGCUCGAGGAGAGACUAUCACUGUGGGAAGGCCAAUGCAAUAUGCAGGUUAAAGGAGAAAUCCAGCGAUUAGGAGACCUGCUGCUGAAGAGUGUACAGGAGCUGAAGGCUCUCUCAGCACAGCUGGAGAUGAGCUCAGAGUGUGUGUUUGCUCUGGAGAGGGCAUGUGUCGCGUCCUGCAGGCUGGAGUGUGUGUGCCGUGAGUUUGAGCUGCAGAAGGUGUGUUACAUUCCUCUGAACGUCUUUCUGCUGAGUCCUCUCCAUCGCCUGCUACACUACAGACAGAUACUAGACAGGCUCUGCAAACACUACCCGCCGACACACACCGACUACAGCGACUGCAAAGCUGCAUUGGACGAUGUGUGUAAAUUGGAGGCUGCUCUUCGUCCUGGUCUGGAAGAGAUUGAGAACUAUCAGAAACUCCUGGAGCUUCAGAAGGAUUUGAUUGGAGUUGAGCAUCUGGCCGUGGCUGGACGUCAGCUCAUCAGACUGGGCUGCCUCAGCAAACUCUCUGGGAAAGGCCUUCAACAGCGCAUGUUCUUCCUGUUUAAUGGUGUUCUGCUGUACAGCACCCGAGGGAUGACAUCAACCAAUCAGUUUACAGUGCACAGACAACUUCCUCUACACGGCAUGACAAUCCGGGAGAGUGAGGACGAGUGGGGCGUCCCGCACUCCUUCACACUGAUGGUACAGCAGCAGUCACUGGUGGUCGCCGCACGUUCAGAGUCAGAAAUGGAGAAAUGGAUGGAGGAUUUAAAGAUGGCGGUGGACAUGGCCGAAGAGUCUAAUGGACCGACUGCUGACCUGCUGACUGCUAGCAAGGGUGUCAAAUCCUCAGGGGCGUCUGAAGUGGAGUCAGAGGACGAUCAUCGAGGUUCUCAAACAUCUUUGCAAUGCAACGGCAACGAUUCAGCAAACACUCGUCACCGCGGCAACACUACAGCACACGUGUGCUGGCAUCGCAACACCAGUGUCUCCAAGCUGGACUUCAGCAUCGCCACAGAGAACCAGCUCUCAGGAAAUCUGCUCCGAAAGUUUAAAAACAGUAACGGCUGGCAGAGACUCUGGGUGGUUUUCACCAAUUUCACCCUGUUCUUCUACAAAACACAUGAGGAUGAGUAUCCGCUGGCCAGUCUGCCGUUGUUGGGUUACUCAGUAACACACGCUGGCGAGUCAGAAAACAUCCAUAAAGAUCACGUCUUCAAACUGCAUUUCAAAUCUCAUAUCUACUACUUCAGAACGGAGAGUGAAUACUUUUUCGAAAGAUGGAUGACGGUGAUCAGAAGUGCUACAGCUUCUGCCAGCAGAACCCGCUAUCUGAACCGGACAGAACCGGACUGAACCACAGAGAACCUGCCUUUUGAACCGGAUCGAACCAGGCUGAACCCCUCGGAAACUGCCAUCGGACCUGGACAGAAAAAAACAACCAACAAACUAACAGACCAAUGCAGGCAUACAGAGAGCAACCAUCUCAGUAUAUGUGUGUGUGUGGUGUGUGUGUGUGUGUGUGUGUGUGUGUGUGUGUGUGUGUGUGUGUGUGUGUGUGUGUGUGUGUGUGUGUGUGUGUGUGCGCUUUUAUGACAACGUCACUUUUUUGUGACUGAUUUUUAAUAGCAGUUCUACAUAGUAUGGCAUUAAAGGGGAAUGUCGUCUUUUCACUUCUGAGCUUUAUACAGGACUCUUCAGGUCAAAUAUCAGCCUCAGGCAAGUUCCAUUCGUAUUAUUAGUAUUUUUGCUAAAUUAUUUGUGUGUAAGAAACAGAACGAAUGGUGUAAGGUGCUUAGACUACAUCAGUUACAUAAAAGAAGUUUUAUAAUAAAGGUGAAAAUCAAAGAUUAAAACAGCUAAUGAUAAAAGAUUUCACACACCUGGAGAAGUAGCAAGAUCACCAUUGUGCCCUUUAGGACAGGUGCUGCUGGGAGAUUUUCACAACUGCUGUUUUUUGCAUUUUGGAUAAAAUUUGCUUUUAAAUCCUAAAAACUGCAUUAUAGGUUUCCUAAAAUAUUCCAAGGUGCUAGUGUAUAUUCACAGGAUGUGUUAAUGUUGGGUGUGAAUAGGACAUAAGGUUAACUGAGGUGUAUUAUAAGGCCUAUUUAUAGCAUGUGUUGA